AUGUACGGAUUUUUAGCUAUUACGAUGUUAAUGCCGCGGGUGAAGAAAUUGACUGUAAAAGAGUAUUGGUCGACCGAUGACAUGUUAAAAACUAAUAUUUUUCAAAGAACUAUGGCGCGAGACAGAUAUAUGAUAUUAUUGCAAAUGUUGCAUUUUAAUGAUAACAAUAUACAAAGUGAUGAUCCAUUGAUAAAAAUACGACCUAUAAUUGAUACUCUGAAGAACUCUUUCUCACAGUCAUUUUAUCCGUACAAACAUUUGUGCAUUGACGAAAGUCUUAUGUUGUUCAAAGGCCGGUGUUAUUUUAAACAAUUUAUACCAUCUAAAAGAAGUAGAUUUGGUAUAAAGUCAUUUAUUCUGUGUGACUGCACCACAAACUAUGUAUUAGAUUAUAUAGUAUAUACCGGAAAAAAUACAGAUAUUGUACAUAAUUCUACAACCAUUGGGAAAUCGGCAGAUAUUGUUAUGACUCUUUUACGUCCAUAUCUUGAAAAGGGCCAUACAUUGAUAACUGAUAAUUGGUACACAAGCCCGCAUUUGUAUACUGUACUUCAUAAACAUAAAACUAAUGCGUUUGGGACAGUACGUAAAAACAGAAAAGAUAUGCCCCUUAUCGAUGGAAAAUUGACAAAAGGGCAAUUUGACUACAGAUGUACAAAUAACUUAUUGGCAUUGAAGUGGCGAGAUAGAAAAGAUGUAUGGAUGUUAUCAAGUGCUCACGAACCGAAAAUGAUUGAAUCUGGUCGAAGAAAUUAUCUUACAGGAUCGCCCAAGUUGAAACCAGAAUGUGUUGUAGAUUAUAACAUGAAAAUGGGCUCUGUGGACUGCGUUGACGUGGUUCUAAGUACAAUAAAUUCAUGCAGAAAAUGUCUAAAGUGGUAUAAAAAGUAUUUUUUCCAUUUAGUAGACAUCUCAAUAUAUCGUCCUGUAUCAACGUGUGACUGAAAUACCCUCAAAAUAGAAAACAAGCGGGCGGUGGCAAAAGAAGCGUAGAAAGCCUACCAUUUCGUUUGACUGAGAGACA